AUGACGGAAGGUCAACCUGUUGCUUGUACCUCCCCUGCAGCGGAAGACGAGCUUCUGCGGCAACAGCAUCAGGGGUUUGUAUCCUCUGGUGUUUCUGGCAAUCCUCGUAUUCAGCCUAGGGGUAAGAGCGGGCGAUGGAGUUAUGAAUCCUCCCCGUUGUGCCUGAGGAGGAAUGAAGAGGGGAGGCCAUAUUUUCCCUCCCGCUUCUCCCGCUGUCAUAGUUCCGUGUCCACCGGCUGCAAGGUCGAGCAUAUUGAGCUCAGGGAGCAGGAAGGGGGAGAUGGAAGUAAUGUGAUCGUUACUACUGCGAAGAGGAAGAAGAAGGGGGAAUCGGUUAAGGACGACCGCUGUUGUCUUGCGGCCGUUGCUGAGGACGAUGAGAAUAGGAGAAAUCAGGUAAAUGGCUCCAGUAAGACGAAGAAGAGGUCCCGCAGAAGUACCUCGCAGCCGUCGGAGAAGGAUAAGAUCAAGGGAGAUAAACGGAAGAGGUCAAGAGAAAGGAAAGUUGUGGUAGUCUCCCCCUAUUUCGCCUCCUCUGCUGAGCAACAGACACCAGAAGGGAAAGCAGGCGUCAGGAGCUUGGUGGAGGUGGUUGUGCAGAGAAGGACCCGGAGGAAGAGGACCCGUAAAGCCACAGAAGAGGAUGCCGAGGUGCAAACAUCAAUUGAUCGCCACUCAAGUCAUCUGAAACCGGAAGAUGCCGAAAGGAGGAAGAAGAAGAAAAAGAAGAAGAAGGAGAAACGGGAUUCAUCUCAGCUGACUGCUGCCGAACGUAUGGCAGAUGCUUACAAGAGGGUACCUGAUGAGAAUCUCUGGGUUCCCCCUUUCUCUGAUCACGAGCUCCUCCAAGAAUUUCACUUCUUUGACCAUUGGAGAGUUUUGGUCAUAUGCAUGCUCCUUAACCGGACAACAGGGCAAAAGGUUUGAUUGCUUCUUGCUCCUUUGUUGUUUUAUUUUCGUUGAAUGCAUCUCAUGGGUACCUUGCUAUCUGUUUCCUCAGUAUCCUACUAAUUCUUUCUAUGCCUUCAAGAUCUUGGUCGGACGUACCAUACCACCAAUCUUUGAUGAAAAAUUUCCAUAAUAUAUAGGGGAGGAAUCCUUGCAAACAAAGGAGAAAGUGACAACGUAGACAGCUUUUGAAAGAUUGUUCAAAGACUUUAUCUUUGUGAAAUAAAUUUCAUUACCUUGUCCACCAAUUCAAAGAAUAGACAUUGGAAGAGAUAAGUUUCAUAUGCAUAUGGGUUCAUAGUGCUCAGCAUUUUUCACGUCCAAAUGGUAGGCUUCUCAACUGUUUUAAAUUCUAAAAAAAAAAGGUUGACCAUAUGGAAGGAUAUUACUCUCUGAAUCCACUAAAAUGAGUUUCUCUUGGUUGCCUUUCUAAAUACAGAAAGAUCUCUAAAGAAGCCCAAGUUUUAUAUGUCUUGGUAGCUUGGCCCAGGAAAUCUUCUGAGCUGGUCCUCGCUCAUAAUCAAUACAGAAAAUCAUCAAUUGCAACCAAUCUUAUAUGCUACGACGUUACAUAUUCUUCUGCUUUGAUGGUUUGCAGAUUUUAGAAUGUGUUCUAAAGGUGGGAAUUAUGUUACACCUCAGAAAUUAAGGCUUCAAAGUCUUCAUCUGUUGCUGCUAUGCAACAUCCACGGGAAGAAAGCGAUCUAAAAAUGACAUCUGACUGCGUGGUUUUUCAUACUGCAGCAAUUCAAUUGAAUGGGUUCUUUUCUUUUCUUGGAAGGUUUUGUAUUUAAAUCAUGGAAAGUGAGAAUGCCCAAAUUACUUGAAAUAUAGUUUUGAUUUCAGAUGCUUCGCCUCCUCUUCCUCCAUGAAUGGAAUAUCUAGAAAGAAGCUUCUAGCACAUGGUUGUAACAAGUAACAGAGAAAGAAAUCCAUGGAUGCAGGUGCGCAAGGUACUACCGAGACUCUUCCUCCUGUGCCCAGACGCCGAGGCAACAAUCAAGGUCCCAGAGGAGGAGAUUGAGGAGCUCAUCAGACCUCUCGGGCUCCAGAACAAACGUUCGAAGAUGAUCAAUCGGAUGUCAGAGGAAUACUUGUCCUCUGACUGGACUCACGUAACGCAGUUGCAUGGCAUUGGCAAGUGAGAAUCUAUUGAUUUGGCUGAGUAAUUCCAUAGUUUUGAAGGGAUCUCAUCAUCUUACCCUGUUUCAUUUUCUCCCCUGCCCUCGGGCUUCAACAAUCACUGGUGUUUUUCAAUCUAUGAGCACAGAAUUCUGAUGGGUUUUUUUUUUCUUCUCUUGAUUAAUUAUUAAAUUUGGCUUGCAGGUAUGCAGCUGAUGCAUAUGCGAUCUUCUGCUCGGGGAGGUGGAAGGAUGUGAAACCCAACGACCAUAAGCUGGUCGACUACUGGAGGUUCCUAAUGGACGAUAAAGAUGCCAGACAAAGUAUCAUUGUGCAGAAACCCGCCAUCUGCUGA